UUGCUCGUGCACGGAUAGGUCGUUCUCGUAGGUAAAUCGAGGGUUGAGCCUCCGCGUUCUCGUGAUUAGGAAAACAGCGUUUCGAGUCAGAUAACUUCCGAAGCAAUUUUUUUUUUUUUUUUUGCAGCUAGCGAACUAGACAGCAGUUGUUGAGGAUCAAGAUAAGCGGGACAACUAACAGUAGUCCACUUUAUAGCGCCACGCACGCACUCACAUCAGUACAGCAUUAAUGGUAAUGCAUGCACGGAAACAACCGAGGCUCGCUGAUGGGUGCAAUGAUCGAAGGGAUUAUCAGUCACACCAGCCGCGUGAGGCGGCUGACUACUGGUCUGAGCACAUCAGCUCCUCGGGGAAGAAGUACUACUACAACUGUAAGACGGAGGUCUCUCAGUGGGAGAAACCCAAAGAGUGGUUGGAGAGGGAGCAGCGUCAGAAGGAGGCGUCGAAGGCCGUUGUGGUCAACAGUUUCCCAAAAGACAGAGACUACAGACAAGAGGCCAUGCAAGCAACGGCUGCCAACAGCACCGCUGUUCUGAAGCCCGCUGCGGCCGACAAACCCUCGUCGCAUUCUGACUUCUCCCAGGCGUCCUCCAGUGUUGCCGGGGGCCCGAACACCUCGAGCACUUCCACUUUGUCCACGCCCACCCCGGCCCUCCAAUCGAACGCCUCCGCUCUCCUGCAAGACCCCACCCUCCUCAGGCAGCUUCUCCCUGCGCUGCAGGCCACCCUGCAGAUAAACAGUUCCAGCGUGGACAUGGCCAAGAGCAAUGAGGCCCUUACAGCCGCCGUCACCCAAGCUUCCUUGCAGUCUGUGCUUCAUAAACUUCUCGCUGCCGGACCGUCCGCUUUCAACGUCACUACCCUGCUUUCCCACGCCGCUCAGCUGACCACGCAAGUUCAACAGUCUGGCCAGUCUCCCAUGUCGGCAACGCCAGACGCCUCGUCUCCGAGGUCUUACGUGUCGCCCAGGGUCAGCACGCCUCAGACCAACAAUGUUCCGAAGCCCCUCCACAACGCCAGUUCACUGCCCACUCAGCCAAAGGUUAGCGAGUCUGUGAUGAAGUCUGGCUCGUCUCUUCAGAGCCCCUCUGGCACCAUGGAGAAAUCACAGGAACUGGAUGACCCGCGGCUUCAUAGGCAAAACAGUCAGGGGCCUCCGUCUUCGGGGCCCAACGGUUGCCUGGCGAAUGACAUCGCCAGUGCCACUGUGUGCCCUCCGACAACCUUCACCCCAUCACUAGCGCUGCACUUCGAUGAGAAUCUCGUCCGACAUGUUCAGAGCUGGCCUUCAGAUCAUGUAGAGAAGCAGGCGUCAAGAUUACGUGAGGAGGUGCACAACCUGGGUAGCAUCAACAUGUCUGAGAUCUGCACAGAGCUGAAGAAGCUGCGCUCCUUGGUGCGAGUGUGCGAAAUUCAGGCGACACUUAGAGAACAAAGGGUGCUCUUCUUGAGACAACAGAUCAAGGAGCUAGAGAAACUGAAGAAUCAAAACUCCUUCAUGGUUUGACGAGCUGUAGCAUCAGUUCUUCCCUCAGAAGGAACUUUGCAGCUGGCUGCCUUUUCCUCUUCUCCUGGUCUGAUCGCUGACACGGUGUUGACCUACAGGCUGCACUGCCCCCCGCAGGACUGGAGCGGGAUGGGGAAGCCAGGAAUGGCUUACCAAGGGGUCACGCUGUCUUUGCUACCUAAAGCCCUGAGAUCGUAGAUUUAUUCAAAUAUCCUUUAUGUACGUACACUUCUGUCAUGAAAGCAAUUACCUUUAGGAUUUCAUAAACACCGUCAAUGGCAACAAAUUAAUGGGCCGUGUGGCAGGGGUUCUGUCUAAGCGAAGAGUCUCACAAAAAAAAGUUUGUGUGGACCUGAUGAUAACUAAAUGACUGACCAGGCAGAUAAACUGUCUGUGGGGACUCUGCCAGAGCGCAAUAGCAGUGUGUUUGUUCACUAGAACGUCUGACACUUUGGCUUCAUUCAAAGACUAGAAUCGUUUAGGAUUCUCGAGCAAUCUGACUGUCUCGCAAGGAGUACUGAAUGCGCAUUCGCAGUAGACCGACUGUGUCUCCCCUAAAUAAACGGAGCUGUCUGUCGGGUUGGAACGGAUCUGGGCCGUCUGCUUUCUGACACUGCUAAAAGAGCCUCGGUCACCUCUGUCUGUUGCUCAGCAUGUCGUUCUGACAGCUCAGCCUUUCCGUCCGAUUCCACUCAGCACCGCCUUGACAUCUUGGGCUCUCUGUACUCUCCCUCUGUGUUCUGUUGCUUUUUCAGUUGAACAUCAUUCCUUACGCAUGGUUGCUAAAGUAAUCCAUGCUUCUAGAAUAACUGACAUCUGUACAAAUGCCACCCCUUCCAAAAGGGGGGAUGGUGCUCUUAAUUUUGGCCAGGAGUUGCCCAGCUGGGUUGCCCAGCUGGGGCAGUUAUAGAUGUUGCUCAGAUAUUAACAUUCCAGCCACGAGUGUGGGGGAUUUUUUUUUUUUUGAUAUUUUUUUUUUUUUUUUUUAAGCAUUUGCACUAAAUGCAGUGAUGUGUUUUUGUUCGGGAGUCUAUUAUUCUACACACAACUUAGCAGUUGGAAUGACUAGGUGUCACUCACAUCAUUAGAACUCACUGUGCCCCUGCUGUGGAGCUCGACAUGAGACAGACCAAUGAGUGCUUUAGAGUGCGUGCAUCAGUUUUGGAGCAUUGUCUAGCUUUGUAUAUUGUUUAGAAAAUAUAUGUUAAUUAAAAAAAAUCUAAUUUGUGAUGUUUCACUGCUUAAAUCCCAUCUUGUAGAGCCUUGCGAUGCCAAAAUACACUGGGGACUUUU